UUCAUCACGCGGAAGUGAUCUCGAGCCAAGAUGGCGGCGUCCUUGACAGGCAUGUUUUGGUUUCAGUGAGAUGAAAAGCAUGCACUGUAGUUGUUGUAAAUUGACGGAAAGGUCGACUGUCAGGAGAACCGAGUGAACGGAACAUGGAGAGACGAGAGUUCGUCGCGUCUCUGGUGGCAGGAGGCUGUGCUGGGAUGUCUGUGGAUCUGACACUGUUCCCAUUGGACACCAUUAAGACCAGACUGCAGAGCCAGCAGGGCUUUCACAAAGCUGGAGGCUUCAGGGGCAUCUACGCUGGGGUGCCGUCUGCUGCUGUAGGAUCCUUCCCUAACGCCGCCGCGUUCUUUGUCACCUACGAGUGCGCCAAGUCCCUUUUGGGCGCCAGCGCAGCUUUUGCGGCCCCACACGCAGCACCCGUCAGCCACAUGCUGGCCGCCUCCCUGGGAGAAAUAGUGGCGUGUUUGAUCCGGGUGCCCACAGAAGUGGUGAAACAGAGAACCCAAGCCUCUCCCUCAUCGUCCUCCUAUAACAUGCUACGGGCUACACUCACAGAGGAGGGCUUCCGAGGUCUCUACCGAGGAUACAGCAGUACAGUUCUCAGAGAGAUCCCUUUCUCGCUGGUGCAGUUCCCGCUUUGGGAAUAUUUAAAGACGCUGUGGUCGCAGAGGCAAGGUCACACGCUCCACUCUUGGCAAUCGGCGGUGUGCGGAGCUUUUGCAGGCAGGCUCGGCCGCAGCGAGAGGCAACAUCCCGAUGGUGCUCUGCGACGUGUGGAGGAACAAAGGCCUUCCAGGGCUGUUUGCAGGCAGCGUCCCAAGGAUGGCAUUCAUCAGCGUGGGAGGCUUCAUCUUCCUGGGAGCAUACGAGAAGAUCCGCCGCACGUUGCUAUGAGCAGAGCUUCAUGGCAGACGGAUCUGGCGAGGAGAGGCAGGGAGAACCUCUGCGGAGGUAUCAUCCUCAGUCCCUUGGCGUCCGCCCGUGCAGCUGGAGCCCGAGGAGCACCACGAGCUCGGUUCCCUGAGUUCAGGCUGACUACAUUACCCAGGGUGCUGCAUUCCUACUUGUCGGCGCACGGUGAAUUACAUUGCAAAAGACUCCAGCCGUAUUUAUGAUAUGAUGAAAUGAAGCAGAGCUCUGUUCCCGUAAUGUUUAUGUGAGUGAAAAUGGAUUUUAGAAUUAAAGAUUCUUUUAUACUUUAA